UACAUUUUUUUUCCAAUAUUUUUGCGCUUUCUGGUAACACAAAUUUCAAGUUUCCACCUUUUUUCCACAGCCGCGAACGACCGAUGGAAAGUCCACCGUCUCCGCCUCUGCCUCUGCCACUGCCUCUACCGCCGCCAAUUGAGGCCGACGUCGACUCUACCGCGAACCCCAACUCUGGGGCCUCCAAUCUUACUGUCGAGAAACACACUGAACCAAACUCCGCAACGCAUGCCACGGUUAUCAAGAAAAAGAUGAAGAAUAAAAAGAAAAGGAAGGACGUACCAAAAUCCCACACCGAAGUUUCUUCUGAUCCACCUCAACAAUCGUUGAAUUCCAUUUCUUCUUCUUCUACGUCUAGUUCAUUUCAUCCAAGAUCGAAAGGUAUCCGUCUCUCAAGUAACCGCAGAAACCCUAGAGUUCUUAGCAGCCCCGUUUCGCAAAGACAUGAAGGAACCGAAGCUGACGCGCUUGCUCUCCCUCUUGGAAUGUCGAUCGCUGCUUUUGUUGCUCAGGUGUUGGAAAAGAAAGAAGCAACUGGAGAAAAGAUGUCUAUAGAUCAUCUCUCCCAGAUAUGCACUUUGGCAGUUAAAGAAUCAUUGUCUCAUGUUUUUGGCAACAAAUUUGAUUACUUUGUAAGCAACUUCGAAAGAUCAUUUCAGAGCACCUUGAUGACACUCAGAGUAAUCAAUGAAACAUCAGAAAACAGUAAAAGAUCAUAUCAACACGUGGAAGGGAGUUCAACCUAUGAUUUUCAUUUUGAUAUGAAAGAAAACACAGCCACAAGCCAAGAACAAGCCACCAUUGUUUCCGAAUACGAAGAAAACACACAUAGAGAUCCUGUUUCCAAUGAACUUGCAAUUCUUCAUGAUCCAAGAAUUGGUCAACAGUUGACUUUAAGCACUCCAAAUCGACAUCACAUGCUUAGCACCUUUGAAAGGUCUUUAUCAGAACAAGUUCGUUCAAAUGAUCUCAAAGCAUUCGAACUCAGUCUCACUAUGCAAAAGAUGAAACUUAAAGAAGCACAAAUCGCAGUCAAUUGUGAUUCAAAUAUCUUAGAAAGGUUUAAGUUAUCAAUGGGCAUCUCAAAAGCCAACUUUAGAGCCGAGAAAUUUAAAACCGAAUUAGAAGAUUCUAGACACGCGCAACUCCUUAAAAAAUGCGCUGAUUGUCUCGUUGCUGGUUUGCUCAUUAUGCUUGCUGGUCUUGCUUAUGGAACCUACAUUCAUUCCUAUGAAAAACUCAUUGAAGCCACCGAAUCAUGCACACCCAUCAAGGGUUCGAAUUCAUGGUGGAUUCCAAAGCCAAUGGCGACAUUUAGUUCGGGAUUCCAAACCCUAAGGUGUCAAGUUCAAGUUAUAGUCCGUUGGCUAUUUGGGCUUUUAAUGAUUGGUGCAAUCACUUAUGUACUCCUUCGAAGAUCCGGUUCCACAAAUCAAACAAUGCCGAUUACUUUUAUCCUUCUCUUACUUGGUGGUGUGUGUGGUGUCGCCGGAAAAUUUUGCAUCGACACAUUGGGCGGCAGUGGGUACCGGUGGUUGAUUUAUUGGGAGGUUCUUUGUUUGGUGCAUUUUUUCUCAAAUAUUUGUACUUCCAUGUUGUUUCGUAUUCUUCAUGGGCCUGUUGCUGUUACUGUGACUGAUGGGUCGAUUAGCAGUAAGUUAUUCCCGUAUUGGUUUAGGCGAUUGGUGUUUUAUGCCGUGGUGUUGGUUUAUUUGCCUUUGGCUUGUGGGAUGAUUCCUUUUGCGGGGCCUGUUGAGUGGUUUCGACAUUUUGGGUCGAUUGUGAUGGGUCGGGUUGUGGGUCCGGAUGAAUGAUGUUUGUAAAAAUUGGAAAAGUAUGUAAAGGAGAAUGGUUACUUGUUCUAUUUAUGUUUUGUGAUCGGUUUUUUGAAUUUUGGUUGAGAAAUUGAUGUAAAUGUGGUUUGGAUUCACGAAGUAUGAGUUAUUAAAUCGAGUAAUACUAUGUUUAAUCUUUUACAAGA